UUUAAGCACCGCAACGCCAUCAAUGAUCGCAGGAGACGUUGGGCCAACGGUAUUGUGCCGUACGAAAUUUCCUCCACAUAUCCCGCGACUGUUCAGACCAUCUUCAAACAGGCUAUGGCGGAGAUUGAAGAGAAGACCAAGGUCAACGGCAAGACGUGCAUCCACUUCAAGCCACAUGCUGGCGAACCCGGCUACGUUAAGUUCGUCACCGGAAACGGGUACUUCAUUUUGCAAUCCCCUACACUCAUUAAAUUAAUAAUCUCAUCGGCUACGUUCCCUUUAAAAGCAGGACAGACCGAGACAACUACGUCACAGUCCAUCCGGAAAAACAUCCAGAAAGGUACCGAGGGAAACUUCAACAAGUACCCGACGGGCUACAUCGAUAUGCUCGGUCAACCAUAUGACUAUGGCAGCAUUAUGCACUACAGCGCCUAUGCCUUUGCAAUUGACCCACAUAAAAUGACCAUCGAGCCCAAGCGGCCUGGAGUGACCAUUGGUCAGCGAACAGCCCUGAGCCCUACGGACAUUAAGGAGAUCCAACUUUUGUACGACUGUAUUGCCGCAGACCCUAAUGGACACACGUCAGACCCAUUCGUGACCGCCCCUCCCACGACUACCCCCGCCCCGCCCACCGGCUCUGACGUUUGCACCUUCGAAACUGGUCUCUGCACGUGGACUAAUUCGCACUCCGACACCAUGGACUGGACACGUUACCAUGGCUCAACGCCUUCGGCUAACACCGGCCCAACAACCGACUACACCGGCUCUACCUCACACUACUACUUGUACUUGGAGGCAACCGGACACGCCAAUAAGGUUGCCCGCCUCGACUCGAAGCUGUAUCCGGGCGGUGACUACUGCGUUGACUUUUACGCUCAUAUGCACGGCUCUGGAAUUGGUUCCCUGUACCUCAACGUCAAGGCCGGGAAUCAGAUUAUUCACUUGCAGAGCUGGAGUGGUGAACAUGGAACCUUGUGGGCUCACAUCCGGUUGAACGCCAAAGUGCAUACUACCGGUUAUUUCAACUUCGAGUUUGAGGGGCACACCACCAGUAGCCAACUGGGCGAUAUCGCCAUCGAUGACAUCACCAUCCAUCCCGGAAACUGCUAGUCACGUGACUGACCGUAUCCCAAUGUACUCACUGAGUCGAAUAAACAUGAUACACACAA